CUUCACAAGUGUCUAAGGAUUUUAUAAGUAGUAUAUAAACCCCUCAAACGAUCUUAUGUUCUUCAUCCAACCCCACUUCACUUUUCAUAUCUCUCACUCUUGAUUAACAUAUUCCCUCAAACCCUCUGAGUUAUGGAUAAACUAGGAGUUUACUUGCAAAUCCUCCUUGUGGCCCUCCACUACACCACAAGCAGUGCCUCCACCGCUGCCAUGAACUACGUCACAGCCUCAUGCAAUACAACCCGCUACCCAUCACUCUGUGUCCGUUGUCUCUCAAGUUAUGCUGAUUCUAUCCAAGGAAACGAUUUAAAGCUUGCGAAAGCAGCCAUUUCUGUGAGCCUAAACAACGCCAAUUCCACGACAGCAUACAUUUCAAAACUGGCUGCGUCGUCAGGACUGAAACCAAACAUCUACCAGGCUGUGAAAGACUGUGUAAACAACAUGAACAAUUGUGUGUCAAGCCUAAACCAAUCGGUUCAGGAGCUCGAGAGAAUGGGUCAGUUUAGAGGCCAGAGCUUCGAAUGGCACAUGAGUAACAUCAAAACAUGGGUAAGUUCUGCUCUUACGAAUCAAAACACCUGUAGUAGAGGAUUCUCUGAUGGUUCCGUUGAUGGACCUGUGAAGGAUGCUGUUGUUAGGAGGAUGAGUUAUGUAACGCAGCUCACUAGCAAUGCACUUGCUUUGGUCAAUAGGUUUGCUUUGAGGCAUAAAGCUGGUACCCACAUGCCUUAAACACUCAGAGAGUUCAAGGUUUCCAACACAGAGAAAAUGUCAUAGAAAUCUAGCUAGGUUACGUGGGCACUCGAUAUAUACGGUUACAUUCCUAUACUGACUUGUAACCUGUGCAACAAAACUUAUACAUUAAUAGUUGUUUUUUUCUUUCACUAGUUUUUGUCUUGUAUCAUGAAAAAUUAGUUGGUUACUAUUUAUGUGCAUGUUCCUAAUCACAAAUUUUGUUAACCUGUAGCGUUAGCAAUGCUGCCUUUCACAAUCUCUAUUAAGAUCGAUCCAUAAGAUUAUUUUGAGGUUUGUAAGAUCAAGAUUGUGAUCAGGAUUUCCUGAUCCUAUA